AUGGCCAUCUCUACUAUCGAAGAGGAAGACCAAGAGCCUUUCUUGGGAAAAGAAGAUAGUGGAAAUUUUCAAGGAGCAACAUAUCGCCGUUCUCUGAAGACUCCAUGGGUGCUGACAAAGAUUUCUUUACUUUCGAUAUUGAUUCACAUUGGCCUCCUGGUGUUGUGGAAAUCUUCGUGGCAACAGCACUCCAAUACAUCUUUCGAAAGGUCGCAAGCAUCAAAAUUCUAUAGUCCGUUCGAAAAUGUGAUCAGUAAAAAGAUUGAAAAUUGGGAGAAAGACGCCUGGGAUAAUAGUAUCUUCCUGGGAGAGCCUUCCGAAGAACUUGAUCUGGCAUGGGACAAACUUCAAGCGGUGGAAGGAAUCAGCGUCUCUCCCGAAGAAAGUGCUAAGGUCAAUCUUACAAGUGAUAUUCGCUUGAAGAACGGGGACCAAGCCGUUGUUGUGGGAUACUUUCACAACUUACACUGUCUUCGCUAUUUAUACCAAGGUCUUCACCCCGAGACCUAUGUUCGAUCUGGCGGUGAUCCUUCCCAUGGGGGUCUCCAUCAUUCUUAUCAUUGUCUGGAAGUCCUACGACGAUCUGUACUCUGCAAUCCCGACCUGACAUUGCAUGCGAUACACUGGCAAACGGAAGAAAAGUUAGGCAUGACUCUGAGACCUGAAUCUACUCGCCAAUGCGUGGAUUUUCAAGCCAUUUACGACUUUUCCAUGACACGCAGAUUUGCACGUAACAUGAUUGUCGAUGUAGAGGAUUCUGUUUACGACUAUCAAUAA